UAUUGCGUUUGCGUUUUCUUGUUUUAUGAAGAUCAACAAAAUAAUUUUGAAUUGGUUUCGACAGAAAACUUUUUGCGGCUAUAAAAGACUACAUAAAAUACAACAGCCCUGUUAGAUCCCACCAGCGAUUGAACAAAUGGGUAAUCAGAAAGAAAACCUAAAGAAGGCUCUCGGUAUCACCGAUUACCCCUGGAGUUCCGAUGAUGAUGAUGAUACUCACACUGCAGCAGAAGCUACAUCAAGGUUUUCAAAUGAUAACGAUGCAGCAAAUUCAUCCAGACUUACAGUGCAACCACAAGCACCAAAUACUUCUCUAUCACCGAGAAUUAGGAACCCAACAAAACUAGAGCGGGAUCUCUUCUGGAGGAUGUUACAUCAUCCUCGUAGGAUACCUCCUACUAGUGAUCCAGCAAGGCCCGGUCCUAGCUCGUGCCAACCAAUUGAUAGUGGACACUGUAUAGAUCUGGAGAGCAAGUUCUCAAAUAUUGCACGCAUGAUUGCAAUUAAUAAACUUCCACGAAAAGUUCCACGUUUAAGUAGCUAUAGAAGCAGUCUACCGCUAUUACCUGUUAGUCCCCUAGAAAGGCCUCGAAACAGAUCAUCUCGCAGUAGCCAAGGUGACCGCAUACCACCAACUAUAGACGUUACAACUACGGAGCCCAGACCUAACCAACCUGCAGCCCUCGAUCAAGACUCUGGAAUUAAUAAUUCACUUUCUGAUGAUGAAGUCGAUAGUAGACUACGUGUCUUUCUUGACGAAUCUCACGAUGACAGCAACGAAAAUGGCAACAGUACAGCUGCACAAGCAACAGAAAAUCCACGUCCUGAGGAAAUAGUGGUUGAGAUUGAACCGGAUAUAGAGGUCGUAGACAAUGGUGGCACAGAUAAUGCACAGUCUGAGCAGAGACCUACUGAACAGGCGAAUGAGGAAUCAAACGCUGCUAGCAACGAUAAUGAGCCGAAUACAAGUCGUCAAGCCGUUAAAAGGAAGGCAGAUGAUCACGACGAUAACGAAAUAAGUUCCGUGCGAGAAUUCAAUCAGAGCGUCCUCCGUCUGCUGGAGUGCCCGGUGUGCAUGGAGUGGAUGGAGCCGCCGAUGUCGCAGUGCCGGCGCGGGCACCUGGUGUGUGGGGGGUGCCGCGCGCGCCUCGCCGCCUGCCCCGUCUGCCGCACCGCCUUCUCCUCCGUGCGGAACCGCGCCAUGGAGGCCGUGGCGGAGCUACUACGCUACCCGUGUCGUCACGGGUGCGGGCGCGAGGCGCGUCUGCGGCGGCGGUCGGCGCACGAGGCGUCGUGCGGCGCGCGCCGCUACCGCUGCCCCGUGCCCGCGUGCGCCGAGCGCGCGCCCUUCCCGCUCGCUGAAUUGCACUAUCAUUUUCAGGCGCGGCACCUGCCCAUCCUCAAGGUGGGUCGUCGUCACCGGUUCUCGAUGCGGGUGAGCGCGCAGCAGCACGACACGUGGCUGGUGGCGGCGGCGCGCGAGCUGUUCCACCUGCGAGUCGACGUCGACGUCGGCAGCUGGGGACUCGUCGUGUACGUCGCGUACAUCGGCCCGCGAUGCAACGCCAAGAAUUUCACUUAUGAGGUAACAGUGACCGGGCAACACAACAGUCGCAAGCUCGUGUACACGCGCGCCACGCACAGCGACCUGGAGAGUUCCACCAUGAACGUGAACCGCCAGGACUGUUUCCAUCUCACCCUGGACCAGGCGCUCAACUUCAUACGGCAGAAGAACCGUCUGGCGGUGCCGGACAAGUUCCUGGACUUUGUGGUGGAAAUCAACAAACGCGAGCCGCCCCCGGCGACUGCGCAGGAGCAGUCGGACUCCUGAUCGUGUGUGGUUUACGUCAGCGAGGGACGUAUAGUGAAGUGUGAGACGAGUGAACUGUUGGAGUGAGUGUACUUAUUGUAGGAAAUGUCAGUAUUCUGAUUAAACUCUAAAGCAGCUUUGCUUCAUUGUUCGAUUCAGUCUCUCCUGUCGAAUAUACACCGAAAUAGUACUAUCCAUAAAUCCCCAAGCGGUACCCGGCUGCCGCAUAACAAUUGAAAAUCUAUUGUGUCUGCAAUAACUACAA